AUGAUCCGCAGCGGCUGCGGCGCGGAGACCCGGGUCCCUCUGCCCGGCGCUAUCUCGGCGCCCGCGCCGGUUACCCCCACCCACACCCACGCCCGGCGCGCGCACGCCCGCCCGCGCCUCCCCGCCCCCUCGGGCUCGCGCCGCCGCCGCUCGGAGCUCCCAGCCUCGGGGCCGUUUCGUCCCCGCCCCCUCUCCCACAGGGGCCUCGCCGGCCGCCGCGCCACGAGGGCGCGCGGGGGAGGGGCGCAAGACAAGCGAGGUGGCGCCCCCCUCCCCUGUGGCCUCGCGCGCUCCCUUCCUGGGCUACCGACCUCGCCCUCGCGUCCGCGGCGUCCCCUGCCGGCCGGGCGGCGAUUUGCAGGUCCAGCCGGCGCCGGUUUCGCGCGGCGGCUCAACGUUCACGGAGCCCCACGAGUACCCACCCGCUGCCCAGAUCGGCAGCCGCUGCGGCGGGGAGAAGCAGUAUCGUGCAGGGCGGGCUUCCAGUUGGGCUUCGGUGGGUUUGAAGCACACGUUAGGGGGAAAUGGCUCUGUUCGUGCAGGUUUGCGGAGUCUGAGUUUCUUAGGUUUAGUAGGUGGGGUGGGUUUCUCUGGGGGUGUGGUGGGAAGCUGAUCAGUUCGGAUAACGGCCUUGAGCAGGGGUCUCUGUCCCCCUCCCGGCCUGACGCGGGGCUUCCAGCGGACACCACCGACGAUUUUAUAGGUUCAGAAAGUGUGUCUCAGAGGAGUUAGAGAAGACCAAUUAAUAGAUGACAGUGCUGAAGCCUGGAUCUCCUGAAUCUUGGAUGAAAGUGUCGUAAGUUAGAUUCCUGGGAAGAAAUUUCUGAGACACAUUCUGCAGGAUGAUUAUUAGGGCUCAUCCUUGGUUUCAACACCUAUAGAAGGAAGGCGGAAGAAGACAUUGAACAGAGAGACAGAAGUCAAGAUGCAUUUCAGGCUAGGACUCUUGGCUGAACCCACAGGAGCUCUGGAGCUAGAAUGGCCCUUCAGAGUUGUCCUGAGUUGGUCUGAGAUGGCUAGUUCUUUAUAUUCCUGCAUGGGAUAGUCACUGGAUGUCCACCCCAGGAAGGGGUGUGGCCAAGACAGUCCCUGAAAUGCCCGCCAGCACUCCCUACACCUGGAGCGACAAGACCAACAUCACAGGGGGAAUGCACUGGGUGAUGGAUCACAGCGUUCAUCCCAGAAGAUGAGGAUACAGAAUUGGCUGACAGCUGCGUUCUAAAUGUCAAUGUUCUCCAAAAUUCAUAUGUUGAAACUUAAUUCCCCAAUGUGAUGGCAUUAGGAAGUGGGGCUUUUGGGGGAGGGACUAUAGGUCAUGAGGGUGUAACCCUCAUCAAUGGGAUUAGUGUCCAGAGAGCUGCCUUGCCCUUCCACCAUGUGAGGACAUAGUGAGAAGGUGCCAUCUAUGAACUAGGAAGUGGGCUCUUACCACCAGACACCCACUCUUCUGGCAACUUGAUGUUGAAUUUUCCAGCCUCCAGAACUCUGAGAAAUCAGUUUCUGUUAAUUAUAAGCUAUCCAGUCUAUAGCAUUUCGUUAAAGCAGCUGGAACUAAACUAAGACACUGAUGCUUUCUGCAACAAAAAGAGUGAGUCUCUAUAGCAUACCAUGUAACAGAUGUUUUUGGAAAAAUAACCUCAUUUCAUAUGUUUCCUCAAGAUAAAAAGAAUAUCAUAACAACAAAUGAGAAAAUAGUUGCUUUAGAAAUAUUGCACCCUGUGGAGAGAGUAUUUUGGAUUUUGGUUUUUUGUUUUGUUUUUUAACUUUUGUUUUAGGUUUGGGGGUACAUAUGCAGGUUUGUUAUAUAGGUAAACUCAUGUCACAGGGGUUUGUUGUACAGAUAAUUUCAUCACCCAGGUACUAAGCCUAGUACUCAAUAGUUGCUUUUUCUCCUCCUCUCUCUCCUCCCACCCUCCACCCUCAAAUAGGCCCCAGUGUGUGUUGUUCCCUUCAUUAUGUUCAUGAAGUUGAGAGUGUUUUGAAAAAGAAUGUUGGAAAGCAUUUCCACUGUUAGAUGAUUUUAAGUCAAAAAGUUACACCACAGUGUCACCUAUUUGCACACAAGCAUGGACACAGAACUGUUUCAUAUGUUUAAAACUUUUCUAGAUCCUUUUGUGGUUCAUAAGCUUGAUGAUUGAGUUUUCACGUCCACAUGUGAGAUGUGCCUCCCUUGAGCCUUAUCAUCGGCACAUUACCUGCCUAAUGUGAACAAUAAAAAUAAAAACUAAAAAUUUGCUAAGCAGAGUUUCUGUGGAUUUCUAACUUAUUUAUAAAAACAAUAAAAAUGUAACAUAUUCCAUUUAGUGUUCAAGAACAACUAAGUAACAGUAAAGAUGGACAUUUGCUAGCUGAAUUUCAAGAAAAAUCUUUGUACAGUAAGUGGAUGAGAUUGAAAAAAAUGUGUGUCACAAUUCAAAAGUCAGUCAGAAGCCUGGAUAACAUAGUGAGCCUCUGUCUCCACAAAAAUUAAAACUUAAAAAAAUUAGCCUGUAGUCCUGGCUACUUGGGAGGUUGAGGUGGGAGGAUCGCCUGAGCCCAGGAGUUUGGGGCCACAGCGAGCCAUGAUCACACCACUGCACUCCAGCCUGGGCAACAGAGCAAGACCCUGUCUAAAAAAAGAAAAGAAAGAAACAAAAGUCAGUCAGAGGGGCACCGCUUUCAUUUAGAAUUCUUCAUCUUUUUGAGGUAUUAAAGAAAAGCUAUUUCUCACCACACUGCUGACACCAAAUGUGGGAGUGUGUGUCCACAAGAACCAAUUCUCCAAUCCUCUAUACAAAAACUGAGUGUCCUACAAUUCAUUUCCUUUUUUUUUGAGGUGACUGGCAAAUUAAAGUUUUAAAGUAACCUUUUUUUUCCAUUGUAAAUAUUUCUAAAAAUACUACCCAUUGGAAAUGAGAAAAGUAGACUACUUUUCUGAAUCCAGUCCUACUUUUAUUUUACACAGUAUUUCACAGGUGUGAUCUCUGGAGCAAAAGCUAACAGCUGGAAAAAAUAGUUUGUACGAAUUUCAUGAAGUAUGUCUCUGGGCUUUCGUAAAUAAUUUUAACUCAAAACUACUUCUUGCAAUACAAAAAUAAAAUUUAAAAAACUUAAAUAUUUUAUUUAUCUUCAGCUCAUCCUCUAGCAUUUCUUUUUCCGUACAUUCCAUAAUACAAAGUAAGAAGUGUGAUAAUUUGUAAACAAGUAUGUAUUAAAGGUGUGUGCUCAAAAUUUUUUUGUUUUAACUUAAGAAUGGCAUAGAAUAAAAAAAACUUGAGUAUG